UUCAUUUGUCAUAACUUCACUGGAUUGACCUGAUAAAAUAAAAUCAAAAGGAUCAAACAAAUCACAACAGACCCAUAGAAUCCGCUAAAGAAUCAGCAUCACCACGCCGUUACUCUCACCCAAUCUCUCCAGACUCUCAUGUUCCAAUUUCCACAGUAAAACAUCACAAGUGAAACCGAUUUUUGUCAUAAUCUCUGUAUCCCAAAUCUCUCUCCCCCUAAAUCAAACAUUCAAUCUCAAUUCAAAAUUUCCCCCAAACCAUCUCUAUAAAAAAACUCAACAUUUAUCCAUUCAUCCUAGGGUUUCAUUCUUCACUAUUCUUCACUACACGAUGAAAGCUUCACUCAAAUUCCGUGACGAACAAAAGAAACCCUUAUUAAGAGCCAAAAUUCCUCUAAGCAUUUUAGGUACACCAUUCCAAUCAGGAAUCGUAGCUGGUGAAUCCAAAGAACUAACUCUCAAUCUCUCUACGUUCUUCCAAUCCGGUCCGUCGCUUAAACUCGCUUACCGGCCCAACGACUCUCAGAACCCGUUCUCGUUAAUUGUUAAAACCGGAACCGGUUCGUUCGGUUCGCCGCUCUCGAGUUCUAUGCUUAUGAGUUGUGAAUUCAAUCUGCUAAACCGGAGUAAAACUGGUGGGCCGCAACCGCUUUUUAUGCUUCAUUUUAAGCCGCGUUUUGGGGAUUUCAGUUUUAAGAAAUCUCAGUCGUCGAUUUUGGAUGUGAAGAAUUAUGCUUUUCAAAACGGUGGCGUUUUGGGGAGCGAUGAUACUUCGAUUGAGUUUGUUGAGUCUGUUGAAUCGCCAGUGAUGGGAGCUUUUUCUGCUGGGAAGGUUCCGUCUGCUGGCGCGAUUGCGAGUUUGUUUUCGGGUACAGAGGUUGCUGCGAGGACGAUGUUGCCGAUUAGGGGACGUGCGGCGGUGAAUUUUAGGUGGGGGGUAAGGGUUCCGGCGGAUGUUAAAGGGGAGAGUGCUUUUCAGAAGGUUCCGUUUCUUGUGAUGAAUAAGAUUGGGGUUGAGCAUUUGUCUGCGGAGUGUGGGGAUUUGAAGGAUUUGAAGAAAGAAAAAAAUGUUGCUGGGGUGGGGAUUAUUCCGGGGAGUGGUGAUUUGGCGGAGACUUGUUUUGCUGUGAAGAGGCAGAUGGAUGUUUUACAGGCGGAGAAUGGGUUGUUGAGGAAUGCUGUGGAGGAUCUUCGGCGAGAAUUUGCUGGUGCGCGAAAUGGAGGAGGUUUGGAGUUUGAGAGGAAUGGAGGUAAAGGGAAAAGCUUUGAGGGGAGAAAGAAUGAGAAGAAAGUGAUGUCGGAUUUUAAUGGUUAUCCAGGAAAAUCGACUGAGGUGGAUGCGAGUGAGGAGUUGAAAAAGCCGUUAAGGGGAGCCACCACUGUUGGGGUUUAAAUUCAAAGUAAAAGAAAUUAGAUUUAUGGUGCUGUUUGAAUUUUCACAAUUUUGUUUAUAGAUUAUAAAUCUGGUGGAGUAGAAUUGUGUUUUCAUCUGUCAUAAGUUUCUUGUUUCAGUUUUGGAACUGCAAAUUGCUUGUUUAUUGUCAUAUGAAUGAUGAUAAUGAUUAUAAAUAUGUUGAUUCUGUUGGUUUACCAUAUCCAAUGAAUUGUUCUUGUAAUUUAUAUGGUGUAUUUUGUUUCAUGUUGGUAAACACUACUCUCGAACAGACUAAUUCUAGGCACACCAGACACAACACUUCCAUGAUUACACCAUUAAUAAUUUGAAAAAUAAAUAAAUUGAACUUAAUCACAAGUAUAAGGGUUGUUGUCUGACAUGGGUGUCCAACAUGGAUGUAGACACUGACCCAAUUUUUUUUCUUCCAGAGGUGUCUUUGCUACUUCUACUCUACCAACAACAAUUUCUUUCUUUCAUAUUUCUGAGUUUUGCAAGUGC